AUGUUGCGAGACAAUGUGCGGCAUCUGUCGCAAAUGCAUCGCAAAAUAGUGUUAUUUGGAAUGUUAGCAUUCGGAAUGAUGGUAGUUUUGUAUGGAUUGAGCUCAUACCAGCCAGAAGUUAGGAAAGUUUGGAAGCUCUGGCCGGAACAAAAUAGUGUUGCCAGUAAUAUUGGGCCAAUAACUUUUCAAGGAGAUGUUUUGCGGGAGUCUAAGGUCAGUGACGUUUACCGUUGGAGAUUUGAGAGGUUUCAAUUGCGCUCAUUGAAUGGGGGUUUGAACAUUGCCUAUGACAAGCGUGCUUUUCUGAAGAAGGUUUCUGAUUGGGGGAAACGUUCUUCUGCAAAAACGUUUGGCUCUUUGAAAAAUUCUAGGGUGAGUUUCAAGUCGUUAGCUUCAUCCCAUGCAUACUUCAGGCUUGGAACAGACUCGGUGAAAACCGGAAAUGGUACUAUGGAAUCACCCUUUAGCAUUAGGCGUAAAAAUAGAAAGAGCGAAAACAAUAAUAACAAUAUAGGCAAAAAGAAGCGCAGAGUCUCAGGCCGCCAUAAGGCCUGUAUCUUAGUUUACCUCGGUGAUAUGCAGCAGUUACCGAUUUUAAAAAGAACUAUGGAGUCUGUGGAAAGGAAUUAUAACUGGAAAUACAAAUAUCCAUGGGUGCUUGUCCAACAUGGUAAACUGGAGUUAUCACAGGCGGCAAAAGAUUCUUUGUUAGAAGCAGCCUCGGGCGUUGUGAAGUUUGUUCACAUCACUACGCCUCCCACUGACAAUCAAUUGUUCAUGAACAGCCAACAAGACGGUAAAGCACAUUUUUCGAAAGAGAAGUAUCAAUUGCACAGAGAUGAGAAGUGUGAUUACUUAAAAAAUUUACAUCGUUUGAGGUUGAAAUAUCUCGAUGGAACCUUGCCUGAUAUGAAGGGCUCCGAUAUCUCAUUGUGCUCUAAAUUAUACGACCCCAGCUCCAUAAGCACUUCUCGCCUGCUCUCAAGUGACAUUUUUAGAUUAGAUGAGGUUCUUGAGUACGAUUACUUCCUACGGGUAGCCCCCGGUACUAUGUUUGAUUGCCAAGUAAGGUAUGAUAUUUUCGAUCGUUUUGCAAGCAACCCGUACGCAAAUGUCGGAAUAGCAUUCAUGGAAAAGACUCUAGAUUCAAGAAUAUUCUCGGCUUUAAACUUUACAAUUGAUCUGGUCAAAAAGGCACAGAAAGUAAAGCUUUCAAAAUAUUUCCAAGAUGAAAAUUCUAAUUAUAAUGGCAUAACCUUGGACACAGAAUCCUUCUUUGUUGGUAAGACAAGCUUCUUCAAUAGAAAACAAUAUAUUUCCUUUAUUCGAUUCAUGGAUAAACAAAGAACUGAGCAAAAUGCACCAUGGUCUGCGAGUGAAAUUAUAUCUGCAUUCUUUUCCAUUGUCUAUAACGAAGCAUCUUUUGUCGAUUAUCACUCGGGGAAGACCUUAAUAAGUCGGGAAGACAUCCUGGUAUACGAAGACUUAGGCGUCAGCGAUAUUAGCAUGAUGAACUCCAACUACGAUGUUGAUGACAUUGAUGACAUUAAAGUCGAAAAGUACGUGACUGCGAAACAAAGUUGCCCAAUGUCAUCAAAUGAAGAGAAUGAGCUUCUGCUCCGUAAUGUUUUGGACUGCAAUUGCGAUAUGGAUACUAGAUAUUUCUACAGAGAUACUAAAGUACCAAUGUCACAAUUGAAGUGGGAUUCUAAAGAGGGUAUUUCAAUAAUACCUAUCAAAGACACUAUAUUCAGAGAAUUUCAUGACAUGACAUUUGCCCAAAUGGUCAGAUCAUUAUCUGAGACCGCGGAUAGUAAUGAAGUAAAAGAAUUUGUUCACUAUUUCCAAUCCUUCCCAGAGAAUGAAAUGGAUAAUUUAGAAAACAUUAAGGAGUCUAAAGUUAUUAAUGAUGAAUACGAGAGGAAUCUACAAGAUGAGAGAUCUGCUAAAAUCCGUGAAAAACGUUUGAAGGAAUACGAACGGAUGAUAGCAGACAAAAAGAAGCAGCUUCAAGAAGUAGAGAAAAAAAAUGAAAAGCAGCUGGAGGAGCUGAAGGAAAAGUUAAAACCGACCGUAAAUGAACAAAAAAUCGACCAAAAUAAUAACACUAAAUGA